CGCCGUCGGCCGGCGUCGCGGCGUCCCGGUCGCCGCCAUGGAGGACGAACUCCGGUGCGGCGUGUGCAAGCAGCUGUACAACAACCCGGUGCUGCUGCCGUGCGCGCACGCGCUGUGCCUCAACUGCGCGGUGCACCUGCAGCAGGCCAGCACCUCGGCCGCGCUGCCGCCGCCGCCGCCCUCCCUCGCGCACAACCAUGACGGCGCCGACCACGCGGCCGCCACGGCCUCGUCGGCGGCCUCCACGUCGUCGGCCUCGUCCAGCACGGACAGCGCGGCCUCGGCCAGCGGCAGCGUCGCCGGCAGCGACAUCCUGCAGGACAUGGACAAGCUGUCCAUCCUGAGCGAGACGGACAGCGGCGUGGUCUGCACCAGCAGGCCUAACAGCUACGUCGGCACGCCCAACAACAUGACCCUCCUGUUCCCGCCGCUCGCCACCGCCGCCGCGCUGUCGCUCGCCUGCCCCGCGCCCGGAUGCGGCAAGCUGGUGUACUUUGACGAGAACGGCGCCCACAACCUGCCCAAGUACCGCGCCAUGCAGUCCAUCGUGGACAAGUACUGUGAGGCCAAGCAGCUCGUCAUCCACUGCCAGCUGUGCGUGGCCGAGCCCGCCAACGAGGCCACCGUCAUGUGUGAGCAGUGCGAGGUGCUGUACUGCGACGGGUGCCGCGAGGCGUGCCACCCUGCGCGCGGCCCGCUGGCCAGACACACGCUGCUGGAGCCGCGGCAGGGCAAGGCGGCGCUGCGCACCAAGCUGGGCCGCGGCGACGCGGCGUGCGCCGACCACGCCGACGAGGCCCUGUCGCUGUACUGCCUCGUGUGCCGCGCCGCCGUCUGCGCCCUGUGCCUCCACGACACGCGGCACGCCCACCACGACGUGCAGGCCAUCAACGCCAUGUGCAAGGCGCAAAAGACCGAGCUGUCCCAGAAUCUCCAGCAGCUCUCGGAGAAGGCCAAAACGACGACGGAGUUCAUCCAGAGGCUCAAAGGCAUGGGCGACAAAGUGAACGAGAAUUGCUCCGAGCUGGAGGCGCAGGUGGAGGCGCAGGUCCGCACCCUGGUGCUGGCCCUGGAGGAGCGGCGGGCCGCGCUGCUGGACUUCGUGAAGGCCGACCGCGACGUGCGGCUGCGCGCGCUCAAGGAGCAGGUGACGCAGUGCACGGCCAAGCUGCAGCAGACCACGGGGCUCAUGCAGUUCUGCAUCGAGGCCCUCAAGGAGACCGACCCGCCCGCCUUCCUGCAGAUCGGCUCCAUGCUCAUCAGCAGGGUGGCCAACGCGGACCUGACGUGGUACAAGGACGUGGCGACGCAGGCGCGGAUAUCGCCGCACGCCGACCUCACGCUGGACGACCAGUCGGCGAGGAGGGCCAUCCAGCACCUCAACUUCAUCCAGAUGAAACCCGCCAAAGACGGGGAGGAAAGACGGCCUGCAGCGCCCGGCGCGCCGACCAUCAUCCCGGAGGAGUGCUCGGCGGAGAACAACUCGGUGACGGUGGCGUGGCAGCCGCCGGCCACGUCCUGCGUGCAGGGCUACGUCCUGGAGCUCGACGACGGCCACGGCGGAGACUUCCGGGACGUGUACUGCGGCAAGGAGACCAUCUGCACGGUGGACGGGCUGCACUUCAACUCGAUGUACAACGCGCGCGUCAAGGCCUUCAACUCGUCCGGGGAGGGCGACUACAGCGAGCUCAUCGGUCUGCAGACAGCCGAAGUGGAGGGUUUUUUGGGCCGUUUUGGGUUUCCCCGGCCCCCGGACGACAAGGGCUGGGCGAUGUACAUCGACAGGCAGCGGUCCUGGUUCCUGCACGGCGACGGCCACGUCCAGCGCUGCGAGGGCGGCAUCCAGACCGGCGCCACCGUCGGCGUGCUGCUGGACCUGGACCGCCACCAGCUCAGCUUCUACGUCAACGAGGAGCCCCAGGGCCCCAUCGCCUUCCACGACCUGUACGGCGUGUUCUACCCCGCCGUGAGCGUGAACCGCGGCGUGUCCGUGACGCUGCACACGGCCCUGGACCCCCCCACUGACGGUGACGACACCUGAGGCAUGCCGGGGCUGGGCGGGGGCCUCGCCGACCUCCUCGCCCGCCCCCAGCCUCGCCCUCAACACGCCCAGGGCGGUGACGGUGGCCCCGGC